AUGCUCAUCUCGCCCGUCUCUGUUUCAGGAGUUACGAUGCAUGGGCUGAGUCACCUGCAAACCGGCUCAACCCUGGAGGCGCUCACGCAGGCCACGAUCAUCCUCAUCCUAGCGGUCGCCAUCGUCAUCUCGAACCUCAUCGUCGUAGCUACAUAUCUUAACUUUAAGGGUCCCCAUGAGGUCAUAAACUACUAUCUGCUAUCGCUGGCAGUGGCCGAUCUGCUAUGUGGCCUGUUUAUCGUCUCACUCUCGGUGUAUCCGGCGUUCAGCGGAGAAUGGAUCUACGGCGACGUGGUGUGCCGGAUGAUGGGCUACCUCGAGGUGACACUCUGGUCCAUCAGCGUGUACACGUUCAUGUGGAUCUCGGUCGAUCGAUACCUGGCCGUGCGGAAACCGCUCCGCUAUGAAACGAUACAAACCAAAACAAGAUGCCAAUGCUGGAUGGCGUUCACGUGGAUCUCAGCGGCCAUGCUCUGCUGCCCACCGUUGCUAGGCUACAACGAGGCCAACUACAGUAAAACCACCAACAUCUGUAUGCUCGAGUGGGGUAACAUGGCGGCGUACAGUGCAACGCUGGCAAUCCUGGUCCUGGGGCCGAGUGUCAUCUCGAUCGUCUACAACUACGGCUACAUCUUCACGAUGAUGCGAAAGGUGCGAUCGGGGGCACCGAUCCACGACAAGGAGUACGCCACGGCACUCGCAGAGAACCUAGCGAACCCCAGUCACUGCAUGUCGUUCGCAUUGGUGUUUUCCUUCUGGAUCUCGUGGGCCCCGUACAUCGGGCUGCGCAUCUACGAGCUGAUCAGCGGUGACACGAUCGACAAUCCGCUGCUGCACUUCGGGGCCGUCUGGAUCGGCAUCCUCAACUCGUUCUGGAAGAUCAUCAUCAUGACCAGCAUGUCGCAGCAGUUCCGGCUCCUGGUCCGGCUGCUCUUCCUCACCAUCUGCUGCAAGACGAAGGGCCGCCUGCAGGCGGAGCUGAUCGGUCUCGAUCCGGACGACUAG